AGUUUUGCAGUUCCUGAAAGUGCAGCUUUUUCCUGGGGUUUUGGGUUCUUGAAAUUGCAUUUUUCUUGGGGUUUUUGGGUUCUUGAAAUUGCAUUUCUUUUUCCUCGGGUUUUUGGGUUCUUGGCACCAUGAAUGCACAUGAAGAAGAGGGCAUUUUCGAGCAAAGAAAAGCUCUGAUGGUGCCACCAAAUGGUAGAAUUUCAACGGUGAGGAUAGGCAAUUUUCUUAAACCCACUGUAAAGAAACACUCCAUGAAUGGGCCUGCUUUGAAGCUUCCAUAUCUCCCCCUUUGUUCAGAGUCUUCUUGGCCUAUUUCCGUGUCUUUUAAUGGCUGGUAUGAUCCUCUACCAAAGUGGACUAAAUGGGUUGAAAAAAUGGUCCCUAAGUAUCAGUACGUGUGGCAAAAAUCUGGGAUUUUUGAGGCCUUGAUGGGGUCAAUGUGCAAGAUUCAAAAAAACAAAGAAGUGGUUUUUGGGGUUGCUGAGAGGUGGUGCUGUGAGACUAGUACUUUCAGGUUUCAGUGGGCUGAGGCCACUGUGACGCUCGAGGAUGUGUUGGUUCUAGGGGGGUUUUCGGUUUUGGGACACCCUUUCUCCAUGCCUCUUGAAAACCGGAACUUGGUUGGGGUCAAGGAGAGGUUGAAUGAAGCUAUGAAAUCGAUUGUUAAAUCGAGAAGGAAGGGUGAUGAGGAUGAGGUCAGUCAUGGUGAAUUGAUGGACUAUUUUAUGGAUAGUGGGGAUGCUUUGGAGCAUGAGGCAUUUCUUGUUCUUUGGUUGUCAAGGUGUGUUUUGCCUGGAAAUGAGCUGAAUGCUGUCAAUAGAGAAACUUUUUCGAUUGCGAUAUAUCUUGCUAGAGGUAUUAGGAUUGCACUUGGACCCCCUGUUCUUGCAAGUUUAUAUCGAGAUUUGAGUUUGUUGAAACAGGGUAUUGUUGCUACUUCUGAGCUUAGUCGUAAUAAGGAUGAAGAGAGUUAUAUAGCUGUUACUUUGUGGUCACCUAUUCAGUUUGUUCAGGUUUGGGCUUGGGAGAGAUUCCCUCCUUUGCAGCCAAGACGUAAGGUGAUUCCUAUUGGGCAUCCGAGAUCAGCUCGAUGGCAUGGUGUGAAUAGAUCAAAACGCGAAAAUAUUAGAUGGAUUCUAGACGGUGCUGGAGACAGUUUUCUUUGGCGUCCAUAUGCUAUUAGGGACAGUUGGUUGUGUCCACAGUUUUACAAAGAUGAGGCACAAUGGGUGUCGUAUGAUGAGGGUUUCAGUGAAGAACUUGAAACUUAUGCUCGGUGUUUGAGGGUGUCUGAGUUGGUUGGGACUGACAGUGUGGAGGCUUACUUACCACAUCGAGUUGCAAUGCAGUUUGGUAUGGAUCAAGAUCUUCCCCAAUGGAUUCCCAAGUCCAAUGCAACCCCUGAAACUGCUUGGGAAAACUAUAAUAGGCCAGUUUGUGAUGCCAAACUAUAUUUUCCCCAUAGGCUCUUUGAGGGCGAUGUUACUAAGAGAUAUUUGGAGUGGUGGGAAAAAUCAGUGGUGGAUCUACUAGGAGGCACCAAAGCUGUUCUUAAAGGAUUGAGAUCAUUGACAUCUACUUCUGAUCUUCCUGGAAAACAUAAAUGGGGAGAUGAUUUGAUGCAAAUCUGGCGGUUUAGUGUUAGAGAUAGGCAGAAUGCUAGUGAUGCAAUCUCUUUGGCUGUCAGCGGGAAUUGUUUAACACCUUUAUCCCAACCAUCACAGUCCUCUAAGAAGCGUAGCAUCCAGGAGUUGCUAAACGUAAAUGUUCAGCCCAUCUCAGCAGUUAAAACUAAUGAAUCCACAUCAUCUGCUGAAGGCAAUGUUCCUGAUGUUCCUCCUGGUUUCCCCCCAAAGAGUGAUCAAGGAAAAGGGUUACUUAAAAGCAGUAACAUGCAACAUGUUCAAAACAUGUUGGAUGUUGAUAUUAAGCCCAUUCUGCUUAUAAAAGAUAAUCCUAAUGGAUCCACAGCUUCUAAUAAAGGCGAUGAUCCUGAUGUUCCUCCUGGUUUCCCCCCAAAGCCGGAUCAAGGAAAUGAUAUACUUAAAUGCUGUAACAUGCAGCAUAUGCAAAACAGGUCCGUUGUCCAUAUCAAACCAUUUCUGAUUGUUAAGGAUAAUUGUCUACCAUCUUUAAGUGAAGGCAGUGAUGAUGUUCCUCCUGGAUUUACUCCACUAAGUCAGAAGGCAAAAGAGAAGGCGCAAGCAAGUAUUGGAAAAGGAUAUGAGCCCAGACAGAUGUGUACUAAUAACCCAUUCUUGGCUUUGAAGAAACAGCGUUCAUCUUCUUCAGCUGAAGGUAACGGGGGUUCUAGAAUGUUGGAGGGGUUGUUAGAACCAAUGGGAACGACUAAGCAGAGUGAAGCUACAAUAAGAACAACAGAACCAGCUGCUGAAAUUGCUCAGAGUCAUGAGACAAGACCUGAGAGCUCCAUUCAGAGUGAAGGUGGCUUCAACUUUGAUGAAAGAAGCAGUUUUCUCACAACUAAAUUGUCUGACUUGGACAUGGAUGCUAGUAUCAAAUUAGUUGAAAAGGUAUUAGCUGAGAUGAAAGCAAAAAGGUCAGGGUCCGCGGGUGUGAAGCAAGAACCAGAUUGCUAGAUAGCAUUUAUCCCGAGGCAUCUUGGUCGGGUUUACAUAAGUCUAACUAAUCAUAAUCUAUGCUAAAAUUUUAGUGAGUAUUCUAGAAAAGAAAUACAGAUGCAUUUAGCUAGCUCCUUUAAAGCUUUGAAUUUUGUUUGGUACACAUUUAGAUAGCGGAUAAGUUUAAACUGCUGAGAUCUGAUAAACUUGCCUGUA